CUUCAUCAACACAGAAUUAGUAGAGAGAGAGAGAAUUAUAUACUCUUAAGAAAAUGGCAGCCAUAGUUCAAAUGCUUUCCACCCUCCUUCUCCUCUCACUUUGGUCCCUAGGUGAUGGGCUGAGCUUAAACUACUAUGAGAAAACAUGUCCCGGGUUCGAGUCAGCCAUAACCGAUGUCGUAAAAAAGGCGGCAGCGAAUGACAAGACUGUACCGGCGGCACUUCUCCGGAUGCAUUUUCAUGAUUGUUUCAUAAGAGGGUGCGAUGGUUCAGUGCUGUUGAAUUCAGUAGGACAGAACACUGCCGAGAAAGAUGGGCCUCCUAACAUUUCCUUGCAUGCAUUUUAUGUCAUCGAUGAUGCAAAGAAAGCAGUAGAAGCUCUGUGCCCUGGUAUCGUUUCUUGUGCUGAUGUAUUGGCUCUUGCUGCAAGGGAUGCUGUUGUCAUUUCUGGAGGUCCCACUUGGGAAGUACCCAAGGGAAGAAAAGAUGGUAGAGUUUCUAAGGCCACUGAAACCAGACAACUACCAGCUCCCACGUUCAACAUAUCUCAAUUGCAGCAAAGCUUCUCUCAGAGAGGUUUAUCCAUGGCCGACCUGGUGGCUCUCUCAGGAGGUCAUACCCUGGGAUUCGCUCACUGUUCAUCGUUCCAGAACAGAAUCCAUAAAUUCGACGCCAGUCAUGAUAUAGACCCUUCAUUGGCGCCGGGGUUUGCCUCCAACCUGAGAAGCAUCUGUCCUCUGGGAAACACAGCAAAGAAUGCAGGUUCAUCCAUGGAUACUAGUCCCACUACCUUUGAUAACACAUAUUUCAAGCUAUUACUACAGGGAAAGAGCUUGUUCUCUUCGGAUCAAUCCCUGCUGACUACCUCAGGGACCAAAGGGCUUGUUUCCGAAUUUUCUACCUCCAAAGAGGCCUUCAAUGAAGCUUUUGUGAAGUCCAUGAUCAAGAUGAGCAGCCUCACCGGUGGACAAGAGGUUAGAUUGGACUGCAGAAAGGUUAAUUAAUUAGCUCAGUUUGAAACUUUUUUUAGGGGAGAAGCUAGAAAAUGGCAUAGUGGUGUAUGUUUCUUAAUUUCUUAUAUUAUUGAGUUGAGGCUGUGUAGAGGAAUCAAAUAAGUAGUUUCAAGUGUAUGUCUUGUUGAAUCAAAAGUGUUAGUAGACAUAGCUCAUAGAAUGUCCGAUAGAGUUGCCAAAAGGAAUCUAUUCUCUCUCUCUCUCUCUCUC